GAGAGCCUGCAUAUCAAAGCUGAUCAGAAAAAGAAAAACCGCAACCAUGGCCCCAGAACAAAAAAGCGACAUUUCAAUCCGCCACUCCAUCCGCUGGAUCCCCAGCUCCUCCCCCUCCUCCAGCAGCGACACUCCCCCACCGUCGGAGCCAACCUCAACCAUGGUCCUCACCUCUCCCAGCGGCCGCUUCGUCGACCUGCGCAUCUUCAAAGAAGAUCCUUCCUCGCCCAACCACACCUCCGUUUUCAUCAACCCCAACUCCCACACUGGGUCCGAACCCGACGCCGAAGAAGCCAAAACUCUUCCCCUCUCCCGCAUGGACUGGGCCAUAGCCGGCACUUCCACGCACACCUCCACCCGCCCUACCAUCGGGGUUUUGCACACUGAGGCGGGGGGUGGGCCAAGUCCCGACGAGGCGGCGGCUGAUGAGGGGGAUAUGUACCGGAUUCCUGGCGAGGGGAAUGAGAAGCUUGCGUUGGAAAAGGGGAGGAUGGUUAACCCUGAGAGUGGGCAAGAGGAGGAGUAUGAAGAGGUUUGGGUACCGGAUGAGGAAGGGGCGACGGAGCCUCUGUAUGUGAAUUGUGUUGUUUGGGAGUUGGAUGAUAAGUUGAAGAAUAAGAAGGGGAGGGUUGUGAAGGUGGGAAGGUGGGCUCAGGGAAUUUCGAGGAGGGGAAAUGAGUUGUUGUGUGAGCGGUGGAAGUGGGCGGGUGGUGAGAAUAAAGAGAGUGUAUGGAGGUUGGAGGCGAGGGUUAAGGGUUAUGUGGGUGGCGAGGAGAAACGGAAAGUGGAUGAGAAGGAUGGGAGUUACCUGGAUGAGCCCCUGGUGUUUCCGGAGGCGCUCAUUCCUGAGAUGAUCAGCGUGGGAGAGCCAGGAAAGACGAAGGAAGUUGGGGACACGGUCAAAGAAAGUAAGGGUGAUGUGUGGACGCUGGUGGAGUGGUGUCCUUGAAAGGCUGAUUUGUUUACAUGUGUGGUAUUAACUUGAGGUAGAAAGGGGUACACACUUUGGUGGUAUAGGGAAUCAUUAUUUUUUGGGUGUUUCUUCUACGAUGAUAAUAAUGAUACUUCGUCUUAC